GCGACAGUUUGCCAUUCAAUCCUUGGGCGAGUACAGCGACCUGUAUUUGAAAACGGAUGUCAUGUUGUUGGCUGACAUUUUUGAAAAUUUCCGAGACAAGUGUAUCGAGAGUUAUGGUCUCGAUCCCGCGUAUUAUUACACAUUACCAGGAUUCACGUGGGACGCCAUGCUUAAACAUACACGUAUAAAUUUCGAACUCCUCACGGACAUUGAUAUGGUCAUGUUUAUCGAGCGCGGUAUACGUGGCGGUCUGAGCCAAUGCUCCAGUAGAUAUGCGCAGGCUAACAACAAAUAUAUGCACUCGUAUGAUCCAUCGAAAGCUUCCUCAUACUUGAUGUACUUUGACGUAAAUAAUCUAUAUGGAUGGGCAAUGUGUCAACCAUUGCCAUACGCCGAAUUUCGAUGGGUCGACGAUGUUGCACAUUUUGACUUUAGUGCGAUCGCCUCGGACUCGCCCACGGGUUACAUUCUCGAGGUCGAUCUCGAGUACCCACAAAGUAUACACGAUGAGCACACUGACCUACCGUUCUGUCCAACGCGCGAUAAGCCGCCUGGCAAGCGGCAGGCAAAACUUCUGGCGACUCUAUAUUGCAAGAAGCGUUACGUCAUUCACUAUCGCAACCUGCAGCAAUGUACGCGUCAUGGUCUUCGCGUCACAAAUAUACAUCGCGUACUACAAUUCGCACAAUCCGCGUGGCUCCGCGAUUAUAUUGAACUAAAUACACAAUUUAGAACGCUUGCCAAGAACGAUUUUGAGAAAAAUUUGUAUAAAUUGAUGAACAACGCAGUAUUCGGCAAAACUAUGGAAAAUGUGCGAAAUCGCGUCAAU